AUGUCUACUCACGCAGUUCAGGUUUCUAACAUCUCGCCAGCAACGACGAAGGAACACCUCGAGGACUUCUUCUCGUUCUGCGGGCGGAUCGCGUCCAUAGAAUACACCGAAUCCUCCAAUAUCGCUACCAUUCACUUCGAGAAGCCCUCCGCAGCCAAGACUGCGCUUAUGCUUAACGGCGGCACUCUUGACAACUCACAUCUCACCGUGACAAGCGAGGUUGAGCAUGUAGAUGAGAAGGUUACCACUCACGACGGCAAGUAUGAGCAGAGCGACAAGCCGAGGGCUGGAAUUGCUGCGGAAUACCUUGCACGGGGAUAUACUCUCUCCGACCAGAUUCUUCAGCGAGCGAUUGAGAUCGACAGGCAGCAGGGCAUCUCGUCACGUUUUCUCUCGUAUAUCCAGUCGCUUGACGCCAAAUUAGGGGCAAGAGCUCUCGGUCCCGAGCAGACAAUCUCGGGUAAGGUUCAGGAGACCCUUGCACAUGCUACGCAGCAGGCGCGCGCGGUUGAUGAGCAGAAAGGCAUCACCAAGCAAGCUGGUGACUACUAUGCUCGCGCUCUGGCUAUGCCUCUGGGGCAGAAGGUCAAGGAAUUUUACACCACUACGUCAAAGCAAAUUUACGAUAUCCAUGAAGAGGCGCGCCGCAUCGCUGACACUCACAAGGCUGCUGGAGUUGGCGCCCCGACUGCGGCGUCAACCGGACCCACUGCUCCGGCUCCGAGCUCGGGGAGCGCAGGUACCUCAGGUGCAGAAGUCGACACGAAGACGAAAGACCCUUCGACCGUUGCGUAA